GAAAGUCAUUUUAACAAACCUAAUCAAAUUCGGGCGGCUUCGGCAAACAGGCAAACACGGUCGCGAAACUCUUUUUUCCGCUCUUUUAUCGUUUUCGGCAAAUAAAACACCCUGUUGCUGGUGGUGAUAAGAACAACGGGUAGCAGGCUCGGAAAACACAGCGCAGCCCCAAUCUGUGCCCAUUCUACAUGGACCCCCGCUUUGCCCGAAGUUGAAGUUGAGUCUUGUGCGCUUCCUUUUUUUCUAGUCCAGAUCGAUUUUAGUUGCAACCGUUUGCAGUUGGUGCCGCUCGCGUCUGUGCCUUUUCCCUUCCCACAAGCUCCGGAACAUCCGGCAAAGUGUGUAUGCACAAGUUGGCCACUUCCCUGUUAGUGCGUAGCUGCCGAUCCGUUCUCACCCAACGUUCGCCACCGUUGCAAGUAGCUGCCAAGAGUGGUUUAUUUUCCAGCGCGUUACGCCGCACGCAGUUCGGUCGCCUUGCUAUGCCCGAAGCAGCAGCAGCCGCCGCCGAAGCCCGGCAGUUCGUCUACCCGGCGGCACGGCGCGAUGAGUCCGUGGUGGAGGAGUUCCACGGCGUGAAGAUUGCCGACCCGUACCGUUGGCUGGAGGAUCCGGACGCGGAGGAAACGCAGGCGUACGUGGAGAAGCAGAACGAAAUCUCGAAACCCUUCCUGGACACGUGCCCGGAGUGGAAGAAGCUGAACGAGAAGCUGCGAAAGCGCUGGAACUAUCCGAAGUACUCCUGCCCGUUCAAGCACGGUAACAAGUACUUCUUCUUCAUGAACACCGGUCUGCAGAACCAGGAUGUCCUGUACGUGCAGGAUAAGCUGGACGGUGAGCCGAAGGUGUUUCUCGACCCGAACACACUCUCGACCGACGGUACGGUCGCACUGGUCGGGUCGCGCUUUUCCGACGACGGCAAGCUGUACGCGUACGGGCUGAGCCAGAGCGGAUCCGACUGGACGAAGCUGAAGAUUCGCAACGUCGAGACGGGGGAAGACUUCCCGGAAACGAUCGAACACACCAAGUUCGUGACCGCCUCGUGGACGAAGGACAAUAAGGGCUUCUUCUACGCGCGCUACCCGGUGGUGGCGGGCAAGGCGGACGGUUCGGAAACGGCCGCCAACGAGAACCAGAAGCUGUACUACCAUCGGGUGGGCGAGUCGCAGGACAAGGAUGUGCUGAUUGCCGAGUUCCCGGAGGAACCAUCGUGGCGUUUGAUGCCGGAAGUGUCCGAUUGUGGCAAAUAUCUGAUGCUGUUCAUCAUGAAGGGCUGCAAGGAUAUGCUGCUGUACUUUAGCAAUCUGGAGAAGGCCGGUACGCUCGAGUCGAAGCUCGAUUUCGUGAAGGUGGUCACCGAGUUCGACAGUGACUAUGACUACGUCACCAACGAGGAUAACAUCUUUUCGUUCCGCACGAACAAGGGCGCCCCGAACUACCGGAUCGUGAACAUCGAUUUCGAGCAGCCCGAGAUGGAGCACUGGAAAACGCUCGUGCCGGAGCAUCCGAAGAACGUGCUCGACUGGACGACGUGCGUGAACAAGGAUCGGAUCGUGCUCGGGUACAUCGACGAUGUGAAAUCGUUGCUGGUGGUGCACAGCCUGGCCGACGGGAGCUUCGUGUCGAAGUUCCCGCUGGAAAUAGGGACGGUCGCCGGGUUCAGUGGCAAGAAGAAGUAUUCGGAGAUUUUCUACCACUUCGUAUCGUUCCUGACGCCCGGCAUCAUCUACCAUUACGAUUUCGAGGGCAAAACGGAGGCCGCCGCCGGCGGUGCGAUGGAACCGACCGUGUUUCGCGAGGUGAAGAUCGAAGACUUCGACAACAGCCGGUACGCGGUGGAGCAGAUCUUCUACCACAGCAAGGACGGCGAGAAGGUGCCGAUGUUUAUCGUGCAGCGCAAGCAGGAGAAGAAGGAGCACAAACCGUGCCUGCUGUACGGGUACGGUGGGUUUAACAUUUGCGUGCAGCCGUCCUUUAGCAUCACCGGGCUGGUGUUUAUCGAUUCGUUCGAUGGCAUACUGGCGUACCCGAACAUUCGGGGUGGUGGCGAAUAUGGCGAACGGUGGCACAAUGCCGGUCGAUUGCUGAAGAAGCAGAACGUGUUCGACGACUUCCAGCACGCUGCGCAGUAUUUGGUGGAGCACGGCUACACCACGCACGACAAGAUCGCGAUCCAGGGCGGUUCGAACGGAGGGCUGCUCGUCGGUGCCUGCAUUAACCAGCGUCCCGAUCUGUUCGGUGCCGCCAUUGCGCAAGUUGGCGUGAUGGAUAUGCUUCGCUUCCACAAGUUCACGAUCGGCCGCGCCUGGGUGUCCGACUACGGCGAUAUGAACGAGAAGGAGCAUUUCGAAAAUCUGCUGCGCUACUCGCCGCUCCACAACGUGCGCACACCUACCUCGGAGAAGGACCAGUAUCCGGCCACGCUCGUGCUGACCGCGGACCAUGACGAUCGGGUCAGCCCGCUGCACUCGCUCAAGUUCGUGGCGGCGCUGCACGAUGCCAUCAAGGAUAGUGAACACCAAAAGAAUCCGCUGCUGCUGCGCGUCUACAGCAAGGCCGGCCACGGUAUGGGCAAACCGACGGCCAAGAAGAUCGAGGAAGCGACCGACAUCCUUACGUUCAUGUACAAGACGCUCGGACUGAAGCUUUCGUUUUAAUGUUGCCUCUGCACCACCACAUAUUGUGAGGGCUGGGUAGUGCGAAGUAUCUUUCUGAUCGGUAAUUGCAUGCUGAGCAUUUGAGUUUUCGUGAGGCGUGAAAUGAGAAGCGAAAUUUCGGAUUAUAUUAUUAUUUGUGUAAGGCCGCACUUAUUAUUAUUAUUAUUAUGUUUUUUUUUUGGAAUUAAAACAAGCCUCGCGGCGGAGCCCCUUUGGUGCGCGCUUGCUGAUGUUGUUGCGUGCGUGUGCGCUUAUUCGAGAAUUUGGUAGCAAUUGUACGCGAUCGAGUUUAGGUGCAGCAAAAUGGAAAACAAAAAUAAACGUACUGUUCAAAAAGUAAAGAAGCUUGGUUGGCUGUAAUUACCUGAAAGUUAAUUUAAUUAAAAGUAUUUUUUCAUCUCUUUCUUAUCAUGCCAGUUUAUUGUGGUCCACUUUCUCAAUUCUCAUUCCCACUUAAUGCGCGCGCUUUUGAUUUUCUAAACAAUAAAUAAAUAAUGGAACAAAUCGGUUGACGAGCAAUCGAGCAAUAUGUAUCUACAGCUGGUUAAGCGUAAAAGGAACCAUGCAUCCUUGUUCUACCGCUUAACAGCACUACUAAAGAUGAGUCUGUAAUGAAAGGAGAGAAAAAAAAACAGGAAAAGGAAAGUCGAGUUAUAAAAUAAUGAAAUUCUAAUUGGAAAUGGUUCGGCGCGAGAACACAAGAGAACAUGACGGUUGUACAGAUGAUGUUAGUCUUGACAUACAGAAAAUGAAGAACAUAUAAAGGGAGUUAUAGUGCAACACACAAAGUAUGAAAUUAGUAUAUCUAAAUGACCCAACUGUUCUAGCUAUGUUUUCUUUGCUUUAAUUUCGUUUGUAUUUGUUUUCUCUUUAUUAUAUGCUUUUGGUACUCAUCUGUCUUGCUCCCCCCCCCCAACGCGGAUUGUUGCAGUUCAGUUCAGUUAGUUGUUUAGUGUGUUUGUGUGUGUGUAUAUUGGUUGUUUUGGAAUUCGUCCUGCCCUCUCUAUUCCCCCUUUUCAGUUGAUUUGAUCCAGCCACUAUUAUUCGUCACUACUACCACUCCCGAUUGGCAUAUCGUUACAACACUAUUCACAAUUCAGAUUUGUUACAUUGUUUUGUGUCUUUCACCUACGACCGCGUGUGACCUCUCUAUAUACGCGUGUGACCCAAAACAUGUUUAACGGGUUUCUUACAGUAACGUCUCUUUUAACGUCUUUGCAUGGUUUAAGGAAGUCUGACAAAAUCGUAUUAUGGUGUGUUGGUUGGGGAGUGUUGGGUUGUCUAGUAAUGAAAUGUUUCAUAUUUUUGCGUUUCGUUGAGAUGAGAUUGAGCGAAUACGUAUGCACGUGUCCGGUAAGUAGUGAGUUUACACACAGAGAGAGUGGGAGGUUUACUGCUGUUUUACGUUCUCGAAGGGUUAUUAUAGAGAGUAUUGGCAUUUGCACACAUUGCGAUAACGUUUACAUCACCCUAAUCCACCCAAAAAAACAAAAAAAAAAAAAAUAAACCGCACUCAGUAAGGGCUCAAUCUUUUGUCUGCCUAAAUGUGUCCCUAUUAAAUCGUGCCGUAUCACUUUCCCUAUCUAAAGAUUGUUUCGGGCUUGUUGUACCGCGCACAGUAACUGACAAGGAUCGGUUCCACUAACACGUUGAUUAUUGCAUUCCGAUUUAUUGCCUCAGGGAUAUAUUGUGUGUGUGUCUGCUUUUUACGCUCAUUUUUUCACUCAUUUCUGUAUGCCUUUUUCCUAUACCAUCGAUACGAUUCAUUUUGCUGUUAUCGUCCCAUCGCGGGAAGAAGGGGGAGUGUGUUUUAUGCUAUAUAUACGAUUAUUGUUUCCUCAUGUCCAACGAUAAACCUUGUAGACGCGUUUUACAACGCAGUCGAACUAAUGAUCGACGAGUCCCAUCGUCGUCCCGCUUUGUUGUGGCUCUAAUUCGAUUCGAUUUGUUUUGCCAUCGGGUUUGUCCUAUUGUAUUUUCUCUUUACUAUCUAUCUAUAUCCUCCCUUCCACAACACAUUUAUAUGCUCGAUUUAUAGUGUUGUGUACGGUGUUUUUUCUCUCUUCUUCUAUUUGCUGUUUGCUGUCUAUAUUUAUACGCGUCUAUCCGUACCACCACUACCGAGUGGAGAUUUGGAAUAUAUGAAUUUAUAAUGCUUCCCUCCUUCUGCUUGCCUUCAACCCGAUGAACAUGAACUUUAACGCACUUCUUCAUCCCUUCGUAUAUGUAAGUAAGUGAUAUUGUGUUUUGAUUAUACAGAUGUUUCAUUUACCGCUGUGCAAAAUUGCUUUAAAAUAAAACCCCCCACAAAAACCUUCAACUAGGGCGUCUCU